CACUCAAAACAGGUACUAAUCACUAAAUCGUUGACAAACUUCGGCCCAACAUUUCCAUCCCAAAUGACAAGCCCACGGAAGCCAACUAGGCUACGAAUCCUCUUCGAGUCGAGGACAAUCCCUAGCGUGUCGUGUCACCGCUGUUUGCUCCAAUAAUGCCAGUUGUUGAGUCUCUUCAGUCAUGGCUGUUCCAUGGAUGAUGAAACAAUUAUUCCAUGGGCCGAGGACUCCCUAGAUGGCCCAAGCUCAUCAGGGUGACCCUCCAGCGACUUGCCUCUCUCUCUCCGAACCCUGCCCAUUCCGCAAACAGCGAUACCGCUUAUCGAUACGCGAUCACAUCCCUGACCAAAUAUACAAAUCAUCCUCCACACACCACGAGAAUGUUCCCUCGCACCCUGCAACUUCGGAGCUUUCUUCUUCGGGAGAAUCUGACAUAACUCUGGGAGGCACAGGAUUCUAUUCUUCCCCGGUAUUUGCCAUCGAUUGUAUUAUCUAAGGCUGCAGUCAGCGCCUCGUUCCUCCCUUUGUCAACUCCCUCGUCCUCACAUUCAUCCUCGCCAGCUGCCUAUUCAUAUGGCACCUCAUCUCUCUUGAGAACAGGAGAGAAGGUGCCUCAUCACUCUCAGACCCUCCAGACUCGAUUGUCUCCCAUUCCUACUACGCUCGCUACAUCCCUCCCACGAUCCAUUGGGAAACAUGGCGACACCCCUGUCACCCCAGCCUUAUACGCUGUUAGACUUGCCAGACGAGCUCAAACUACAAAUUGUAAACAAUGUAAGUCUCCUUCUUGUCUAGAGGCUUGGGGUUUGACAAGAGAAUAGCUUGACAAGAAGAGAGAUUUAUACAAUCUGUCAAGAACAUGCCGUGUCCUAGAGGAUAUGACAAUGCGGAGGCUCUACUUGAAUGUGGAUCUCGGAAUCCCUCUCACCGGUGCAAGACAUUCUAGAGCCCCUAUUCUAAGGCCACCAGUCACCCAGUCAAUGAGACAUCUUGCGAUCAGGAGUUCAGCUGGUGACAUAACCAGGUCUUUCUCGAGUUCUCGUCACAGCCCUUGGGGACCAGAAUCGGCCAGGGAUCUACUCAUGAACAUAUUUGAAUCUAUCUCACCAAAUCAACUAUCCACCUUUAAGUUCCUUCACCCAACUCCUUUAAGAGGCGAUGUUCUUGACGUCCUCACCACCCAGCAUAAUUCAUCUCUCCAACAACUAUCUUUCUACGAGAUCGACACCUUCGUUGCCGAAAACCUGGUCCCCACAAAUUUAUCCGUUCUCGACUCAAGGACAGUCAACGACGGUGAGGUUGUCAGCAAGAUCAUCACUUCUAACAGAGGUACCCUCCAACAAUUACGACUGGGGCAAGAGAAGCACCUUCUGAGCGGUUAUGGCAUCCAUCGGACAGCCUUCCUCCGCCAUCUUCCUCAACCCAGCCAAAAUUUCUUCACAUCAGCAUACGGGCUUGAGAACAUGCCCCGUCUACGUGAUCUAUCCCUUCAUGGCCUCAACUUGAUCGCCCUUCGCCCCUCCUCUAUACCUCAGGCCCUUGCCUUUUGCCGAUUGGAGCGUCUAUGCCUAGAGUCUUGUCCAGGAAGUGCAGAGUUACUCGAAUCCAUCGCAGCCACAUUCCACUGGUCCUCGACAUCUGCACAUGCCCCCAGUCCUCGUCAAUCACCCCUACUGAAACAUUUUAUUCUUCGGAGCGAGGAGCCAAGCAAUGCGCUCAAGGACUCCCUGAUUCGCUUUCUUUGCUCUUUCAGUGGCCUCGAGACCUUGUCCCUUCUGUUUGAGAACGCCACCAUCCUCGAACGCCCAAGCACUUUCCUCUGUGACCAUGGGUCGACGAUGCGCUCCCUCGUACUAGAAUCUCGCAUUCAGCCACGUGAGCAUCUGAGCCUUGAUACAUCUCGGCCUUUUGGUGUGGGUGGUUACAGCCAAGACCUAUGGGAAGAGUCCAUCAAUGAUAUUGCAAGGCUCUGUCCAAACCUUGUUGAGCUCGGCAUGGGCUUUCCCUGGAAUGACGAGAUUGUCCGAAUACGCAGGACUCUUCUUCCUACCCUCAAACACCUCCGGACCAUCCACAUUCGAAAUUUCCCCGAAAAUAAUGUAUUCUCUCAACUCGGCGAUUAUACGAUCAAGGAAUAUGCCACCAAAUUCAUAGAAUGGGUCUUCCCAGCCCUCGUUGGUGGUGCUCGACCAGCUCUCGAGCAUUUCGCCAUGGGUCCCACUUUGUAUGAGACACGAAUGAACAUGCAUCCAGGGAUGUACUCAUCUGCUGGCAACAACCGCUCACGCAGUUCCGCACCCGAAUAUUUGCGUACACAUCACUUCGCCAUGGACUGGGCCAAAACUCGAUUCGGUCGGUGGAGUCCUAUGAUUACACCCGUCACUGAGCGAUGGGUGGAGGAGUCGGAAGACAUGAGACCUCUAGCAGGUAUUUUCGAGCAGGUUUGGUUGAGGUAAUGCGAUUCAGACCAAGAUCAGGGGUGGUCUGGAGACAUUAGGGCCAUGGGAGCACGAGCAUUUGCGAGAUCUAGCAUAUACCGACCAGCCACGGGGACGUCCCGGAUUUUUAUUCAAAGCAUAGCAAGCGAGGUAUUGGGUAGAUGAUUUGAGGACAUGACUCAUGAUAGAGUAUAAUUGAACGACUUAUAGAGUCUUUGGUAAAACUAAAACUGGGUGGGUGGUUCACUCGACUAGACGACAUCGGCUCUUUCACAGUCGACGCUUAGAACUGGUGGAUGAAAUUAAUGGAAUAUUAUUUGCUGCACUCCUCCUUACUAGAAUUCUUC